AUGCUGGAUCUGGCCGACUCGGAGCAGGUGCCUGAACAGCUUCUACCCGAAGGAUCCCGAGCGGGGAUCGACAACCUCGCGGCGGCCUACACUUGCGGCGGAUUAGUCGAAGCAGGCAGUGAGACGACUGCGACCACGCUGAACAACUGGCUCCUAGCGAUGGCCCUUAAUCCGGCGGUCGUGCAGCGCGCCCAGCAGGAACUCGACCAGGUGGUCGGCCGGGACCGACUCCCCGGCUGGGAGGACGAGCCUAACCUGCCCUACGUCCGUGCCAUUAUCAAGGAAGCUCUGCGCUGGCGGCCUGUGAACAAAUUCGGCAUGAUGCAUGCCACGAGCGACGACGAUUGGUACGAUGGAUACUUCACCCUCAACGGAUCGGUUGUCAUCUUGAAUUGGUGGACGGACGAACUGACUACCAAGUUGGGGAAUGUUGAGGAUGAGGCAUCACACUUGCCGACACCGCUUCCACCCGGUUUUGGCAUGAUCGGCAAGACGCCGCGUUCCAUAACCUGA